GCAACCUUGGAUCCUGCAAUGCAGGCCACCUUGGGACGACGAGCCUGCAAAACCUAUGCCCGUACCUGUCCCGGCCGGAUAUCCGUUUAAAUUCAUCAGUGCAUGAUGAACAAGAAGUACAGCAGAUGAAAAUAUUUCAAAAUGGUAUUUAAUCAGUGGCCUUUACACCAUGUCUCCAACGCUUUCAUUUCCAUCCCAUUCUCCAUCGCUUUUGAGUAUCGACGAGACACAACCCGUCUUCCUUCGAGGCAAAACUAGAAUUAUACGCACACAUCAUCUACCGCACAACACUUAGCCUCCGUUACCAUUCACGACUUGUUACUACAGGGACAGUGUUGGUACCAUCUGCCUAUUAUCUACUACUACACCGCCCAACAUCCACAGCCACAAUGGACGACUCGGACUCGGACUCGGACUCCUAUAUCUCUGACACGUCGACGGUUGACUUUGACCAACAUCGCGCCAGUCCCACCAGUAACUCCGAUACCACAUCCUACGCGCCCAUGCUUAUUGAGGCAACGGAGGACGCACAAAAGCUCCAGAAAAUGAGCUUGGAGCUUGCAUCUGCAAGAAUGGAAAUUAUGAAACUCAAGGCCGCUGGUCAAACCCAAGAGGCUGUGAUUCAAAAGCUUAGAGCUACCCUUGAAAAGGAGAGAAAGAGGAUAGCAGCUGGCCAAGAUGAGGCGCUACAGCAACACAAAGAUACCAUCCGGAGGCUGGGAGAGGAAUAUACAACAGCAGUGGCGGAAAAUAACGAGGAAGAGCACGCCAACUCAGUCAUGACUGCUCUCAGAUUGGAGGUUGCGGGGUUGCGAACGUCCCUAGAUUUGACUGAACAGCAUCGCGAUCAGGCUGUGAGCAACAACAUCGACCUUCAACAGCCUAACGAAGAUCUCAGGUGGGCUUUGGCGGCGCACCGACGUGAAAUCGAAAAGCUAUGCGGCGCAGAGAACAAGAUGGCCCGUAUCGAGAAGGUAUUCAAGGAGUCAUUCAAGAAUGCCGGCACAUCACUCAUAUCCAUCAACGGUGUUUAUGACUUGGAAGGGUCACUUCAGCUGUUACUCGAAAGGGACAAAUUCAGGGCCAAGGAGCUUGACGAUGUCAAGAAACAAUUGCUUAAGGCCAAGAAUGCUAAACCAUCCGAAGAAGGUAAUCACCAGAGACCACGAAAGUGGUGGUGGAUGUCUUUUGAUUGGAUGAAGACAGAGAGAUACCUAUGGCGAGGAAAGAAGACAGAGUAGGUGGCCAUUGCUCCUGAUUCUAAGUGGGCAGGGGCAUCAUUGAUCUAGAACGGAAGGCACAAGGGUAGUGUGAGGGAUGGUCAAUUGUGCCUUCUCUC